AGGUUGUCUCAUUUUAAGCUUGUGCUUCGUGAGGUUUGGAUUAGCAGGUAAAAAUAUUUCUGGAGUACUUUAACCCAUAUUUUGAAUAUGAUCACCCGUUUCUGAAUGGGAGUGUUGGUAGCGAGUUAGAUAUAGUGUUUUUUACCUCAGUCUGCGACUCAGUCUUACGAUAUGCAUGCAGCAUCUGUUGCCUGAUUAUAGUUCCGCUUGAGUCACAAGUCAGAUGAGUGCUUGCAGAUUGCUUGUUUUUUAAUACUAAAUAACCAACUUUUCCUUCCAUUAAUCGUCCAGUAUGUAAUUAGCAAUUAAACAACCGAUACGGGUAUGUCUACGAACGACAGACGUCAACUGACGAACUGGCGAAGGCGAGUUGUCUAACUGGUUCAGUAUAUGCAUUCCUAUCACUGAUCUGAAAUAAGACUGGAUAACGCAUCUAUAGUAUACAAAAGUGAAGCCGGAAGUCACCAGCCGCCACCCGAUUCUGGGGCCCCACUUUUGUAUGGAUUUGUAUUACAGACGGUAGUUUUUCGCGUUUUUUUUUGUCUUGGCUACGUUUCCGAUCAGGCCAAUUUUACAAUCACAACGAUAGAAGCACACAAGAAGAAUUUUGAGUAUUUUGGUUUUAUAACGCCGCGAAACGGGAUUUACAACUCUGAAGGAGUGGAGAGCCUCAGACUUUGUUUAUCAACGCGAGCUCUUUUUGCUACUUUCAUACAAAAUCAACUCAAAAAUAUACAAGAAUUACUGUUACUGGACGAAUAUUCUCAGGAAAUUUGAAGAAAUGAGGCAGCUGCAUUGUGAAGAUUGUGAACGAAAGCGUACUGAGGUUAGUUUUAAAAUACCUUGAGGCUACUUCCAUAAUUAUAUGAAUUAAAAUAACAUAUUGAGUCUUUGUUUAUAAUUUGGGUUAAAAAUAUUUCAUUGUCACUUGUCUUCCUACUUUAAAACAUAUAAAACUUCUCGACAAGUUGCCUAGGAAUGCUUUUGACAAAAUUGACAUUUAAAACUGUUCCUUAUUAAAUUCGAUCGUAUAAUUAUAAAAGUAGCCUCAAGGUAUUUUAAAACUAACCUCAGUACGCUUUCGUUCACAAUGUAGCUGCUUCGCGUUUCUUCAAGUUUCCUGAGAAUAUUCGUCCAGUAAGUGACAGUAUAAUUUUUGUAUAUUUUAAGUUGAUUUUGUAUGAAAGUAGCAAACGAGUUCGCGUUGAUAAACAAAGUCUAACCUCUGUACGCUUUUGUUCACAAUGUAGCUGCUUCAUUUCUUCAAAUUUCCUGAGAAUAUUCGUCCAGUAACAGUAAUUCUUGUAUAUUUUAAGUUGAUUUUGUAUUAAAGUGGCAAAACGAGCUCGCGUUUGAUAAACAAAAUCUGAGGCUUUCCACUCCUUCAGAGUUGUAAAUCCCGUUUCACGGCGUUAUAAAGCCAUAAUACUCCAAAUUUUUUGCUCAAAAUUCUUCUUGUAUGCUUCUAUCUUUGUGAUUGUAAAAUUGGCCCGAUCGGAAACGUAGCCAAGGCAAAAAACGCGAAAAAGUACCGUCUGUAAUACAAAUCUAUACAAAAGUGGGGCCCCAGAAUCGGGUGGCGACCGGUGACUUCCGGCUUCACUUUUGUAUACUACAGGGUGUCCCAAAAAAAAGUGACACUAUAGAAAUUAUCCUAUUGUUAUAAUUUGAAUGCCCUAGCACUAAGUUGAUCCCACAGGUGCAUAAACUUCUGCUUCUGGAAUUUAAAAUAAAAAGCAAACCGUUUAUUAGUGUAAUCGUUUUGCUUGACUCAGGCGUUAAAAUAUUUGGACAAAGCGAAAACGUUUUAAAAUGCCUAAAUGAAAAUACAAGUUCAUUAAAUUGCCAGGCGGGUAAUCACGCGCGUCUAAGAGCGGCUUAAGAACAAUGAGAUAAUUUCUAUAGUGUCACUUUUUUGGGGACUCCCUGUAUAGAUGCGUUAUCCAGUCUUAUUUCAGAUCAGUGAUUCCUAUACGGCUAGCCUGCAAACAGGCUCUCAAGCUGAAUUGAGAGCCUGCAUCGAUGACUAUAAUGAAUUUGAAUAUCUGCAUUUCAAAUUGUGACGCGAAAUUCUCAUUGGUCAGAUGCUAUAAUUUAUAUGUUCCGCUGAGCUCUAUAUAUGUCAACUGCUGAAGCACUAUGCAUAAAAAACACAUUAACUGAUCAAACUUGGUCUUGGCCAUCUUAUCUCAAAGAACGAAAUGUUCUGUUUUGAGAAAACAUUUGAACUUUUGCUUGAAUAUCUUAUAUUUCGAAAAACAGUAUAAACUGUGAGGAGUAAAUUUAGUUUGCACGGUCUAAAUUUAGUUUGCACGAAAGUUGUAAACAACACCAUAUAAGAAUAGACAUUCCAUACUUGGAAAAACGAACGUUACGGAGCAGAUACUCAAAUUCAUUAGUCAUCGAUGUAGGCUCUCAAUUCAGCUUGAGAGCCUGUUCGCAGGCUACUAUACGGCAUGUGCUAAAACCUGGACGAUGGACAAUGGACGAUGGACAAUGGAUGAUGUAGAUUUUUAUUUACAUCCAAAACACUGAAACCCGCACAGGGCACACUUCCGCUCUUGUACUUUGUUGUCAUUUAUUGUAUAUUUCGUCGUGUAUUAAUAAUACAUACUAUAUUGCAAUACUUGCAACAAAGAAUGGCUUUUCCGUAAGAUUUACUACUGUCUGCUCUGCAUAAGUAGCGAGAUUUAAUUUUUAUUACUAGUAACGCAUAAUUUGGUAGCCGCUAAUGUAAUACACAACAAAACAUAGUAAAUGAUAACAAAAUGACAACCUAUUGCUUUAUUAUUAACUAUCAUUUAGUUUUGUUAAUCAUUGAUAGGACGUAUAAUCCGCACUGAUUGGAAGUAAAUUUUACAACAGGCCGCGAUAAAAGUGCAAUGUUGAGAAUUGUAACAUUUACAUUGAUUACAGAGCAUUGAUUAGUAUAGGUGAUCGCAUGGGGCCGAGUAAAAUUAAGGUUUAAUUUCACGCGUGUUUUCAAAGUUUCACAAUCAUAGAGAGCAAAAUUUAUUCGUUACUAAUUUUAAAAUUAGGUAAGGAAACUCAAAUAAAUCACCACAGCUAGAAAGAGCAUACCAAAAUUAGUAAAAUUACAAAGUUUGGUUGCGACAUGUUGUAAAAUGAGGAAAGUAUAGCCUUGCAAAGUUCGCAAAUUUUGUAUACUUUUGUAUUACUUGCGUAAAUUCCUACCACAUUCCUACCACAUUUAGGCCGAAAAUGUCGCACGCAAUACAAAAGUAUACAAAAUUUGCAAACUUUGCAAGGCUAUAUUUUCCACAUUUUACAACAUUUCGCAAAACCAAAUUUUGUAAUUUUACUAAUUUUAGCAUGCUCUUUCUAGCUGUGGUGAUUUAUUUGCAUCUCCUUGCCUAGUUUUAAAAUUAGUCUAUAAUGGGAAUUGUCUAAUGUGAACUUGUCAACUUCAACUUCUUAAACCUCGUAUGUCUCCAUGUCUUCGCCUUUUCGCCGAUGCUGCCCUGCCGGCCAAUUUCUUAAAGUUCUUAAAUACUCCAACCAAUAAAUUUGUACUUUUUCUAGUGUUCAAGUUUUCACUAGAAGUUUUUAAAUCUUCAAUAACAUCAUUAUCCGCGACGACAAAGCGAGAAGCCAUUGUUUUCAUUGCUAUUUAAAACAAGAAACUUCCCGCGCUUGCAUCUCAGCCAAUCAGGUACAAGUAACUUUGCCCUGAAUUAAGAUUAAAAUGCCCUCUUCAUUAGCCAAUCAUAUUUGAGUAAUUUUGCCCUCUAUAUGAUUCAGUAGAAGUAAUCUUAAAGUGGCGCGAUACAGUUUUCAAAAAUUCAGGUGUUCAGCACUUUGACAUGUCAAACUACGCAUUUUCAGGAUUUAUUCAGCAGAUAUUGGGGUUUUUACAUAUUUUGGUAACUCUACUUUCAAAUUAUAUUAAUUUUAGUAACAGAUAGUUCGCUGCUAUAACGACAUACGUGUACGAAAUGCACUCCAAAAUUAUCUAUCGCCUCGUAUAGUUCGGAAAGAAGCAUGGUGACCCCCAAUUUUUUUUCGUGCAUUAUUUUACUUGGACGAAAAGCUAACAUUUAGCAAAAUAUUAAAAAUUUCUGUAAUACCAUUUUUUUGAAAAAUGCGAAAAUGUCAUAUAAUUCUGUAAAAAUUUUUUGGCAUUACAGAAUUCUUUUAUUUUUUGUAUAAUGAAAGUUUUUAGCGGUGCAAUACAGCAUGCAAAAUUUGAACAUAGGUCACCAGACAAAAUAAAGAAAUAUAGCGCAUUGUUUUUCUAAAAUGAAAAAUUCUAAUGACGUCAGCAAUUCACAUAAAACGCUUUAGUAUAAAUUUCCAGGAGACUAUUGAUUUUUCUGCAUUCUGAUUGGUCAAGAUUCACUGUCUCUGAAGUGAUAGUCACUGGUCAGUGACUAUAGCUUUUUUUUCAAAAUGGUUGCUCGUUUUGCCGUAGUAACAGAGGAGGAAAUUGCCAAAAUUAAAGAAGAUAGCAUUCCGAAAAAACCCAAACAAGCUACAAAAUAUGGUUUAAAAAUAUUUCAAGGUAAAAUAUUAAACUUUGCGUGCUUUUAUUUGGAAAAAAAACUAGCUUAGUCGCAACGCGACACAGAGCCGUGUCUGAGAGUUAAAUUUUGUAAACAAACUAUUUAUAGUGAAAAUAAAGUUAUUUGAAGUGAAUUUUUAUAAAGUUGUGUGGAUUAUUCUUUGUAAACACCUGGAAAUUUAUACUAAAACAAUUAGUCGCCUCAGGCUCGGUGAUUAUACAAGCCUAUAUUCACUUCGCCUUCGCCAUAGGCUUGUAAUCACCUCGCCUUCGGCGACUGAUUGUUAAAUAGAACACGCUCAAUGGCGUGAUAUGGCGGGAGCAACUGCUCACGUCAGGUCAUUUUGGAUGUUCUUUUCAUUUUGUUAAUCAGUUUCCACGACCUGCGCGUAAAAAUGGUCACCCGGUUUUGAGUUCGCGAUUCUUGAGCAGGGUUCUUGUGAUAACUAUAUCGAGCCACCUUAAAGAACUGUCAAUCAUACGAGGCCGCGUUUAUGGCUAACAUUCCGUUAAACUUUAUACUACGUUUCUAGUUUCUAGUAUUGUGUUUACACUAUAACGAAGUGGUUUUUCGUAUAGCGUUCUAACUACGGACCACUAUAUUGGUACUCUGAAUGCCAAUCAAUUUCGUUAAAAAUUCACUACGUUUCAUAGUAUUGUGUUUAUGCAGUAUAACGGAGUGGUUUGCCGUAGCGAAUAAACUACAGACCACUACGUUUGGCACUCCGGAUGCAAUUAAAUCACUACGCUAUGGUAAUUUUACUAUAGUGGUCAUAGCCUAAACGCGGCCAGAGCCAGGCUGGUCCCGUAAACCGGGCUAGCUAGCUUUACCGGGCAGUUCUUAUUUGUUUUACACGAGGCUAGCCUGGCAAGCGCUAAAAGAAAUUCCCGCGCGGUUUUUGGCGGGAACGCGAUAUUUGUUUUAAUUUUUAGUUUUAUCGACGGAAACUGCUUCAGCAAUUUUAAUGAUAAACAAUAAAUGAUAGUUAAUAAUAAAGCAAUAUGUUAUCUAGCCUGCGUGCAUGCCCAAGGGAACUGAUAGUGGGCCUGCAAGCAAGGCCCGGUAUUUUGUAAAACGCCCCGUUUCAUAACACGCCCCAUUCACGUGUCAAUUGUCAAAAAAGAACCAAUGACAGCACCCAAAUAUAAACAAACACACUCGCAUUAAAAUGUUGCGGGGUUUUCUCUGCUUAUAUUCAGAACAUAAACAAUGUGUAAAUGGCAGCGUUUUAACUCUAAAAAAGCAAGCAACGCAGUCAGUAAUUGCCAAAUUUGCAAGUGCUCAUUUUCAACUAAAAUCGCAACAGGCAAAUUAGGACGAAUUUCAACAGAAAACUAGUCUCAAACUUCAAAUCGUGAGGGAAGUCGUGCGACCACAUUAGCAUUUAUAUUAUGUGUGCUUCGCUGUCGCCAUUGGCAUUGUUAUAAAUAAAUUGUCUCACUUAUCAGAUCGUGUGUGCAAUUCUUGUUGGCGGCGGAAAGUACGAAAUUUAUUUCAAUUAUUUCAUUUGGUAAAGAACUCUACAAAAGAAGAGAGCGUUCAGAGUCCAGAUCGUUUCGUCUCAAACGGCAAUUUAAUAUACCGUCUUCUGUUUCGCUCUCUCAGCGAAGCCUUGUAAAUCGCAAAGUGUUUCGAAUAGGCUUACAUGCAACUGCAUCUCAACAUCAACCAAAAGAUAAUUUUCUUGAGGAACAUAUAACGUAUCAAGUGUGUUUGAAAUUAAUGAAACUCAAAUAAAGGUUACUAUAGUUUACCCCAGUCGUAAUGUUGCUAUUCCAACACCUCACGACAAGCAAUCCCCAUUGGCAUAACGGCAAAAACAUCUCUUCCUUCAAGUAAACAAUAAACCGUUUGUUCUUGUUCCAUUUAUAAUCGAAAAAAGUGAUCAAUUUUCGAAUUUUGAGCUUAUCGAGAGCCUUUGUGAUGAAUCACAGACCUAAUUAUAGAAUCCAACAGCAAACAGCCAAUCAGAAAGCCGCGUUCAUGGGCGAACGCGUAAAGAACAAAAUACCGGGCCUUGCUUGCAGGCCCACUAUCAGUUCCAUUGGGCCUGCACGCGGGCUAUAUGUUAUCAUUUUGUUAUCAUAAACUAUAUUUUGUUUUGUAUUACUUUAGGGGCUACCAAAUUACGCGUUACCAACAUAGGCCGUUUACUGUUAGCUCGAAAAGUGCCUAGAACACGAUUUUCAUUUCUCAUGUCUUGGAACUGAAAAUUGUUAAGGGAAGUAACACUUUCGAACACGCUGAGUUCAAAUCUGAAAAGUUCCCGCUCCUUAGACCUGCAGUUUUCUCACAAACUGCAAUUUUAUCUUCACUAAUUUCACGACAAAUUUUUUCAUUGUUCAACGACACGGAUCGAUGACGAUAAACGAUUAUGUCACUCAAAAGGACCAAUUUCUUUUAACCAGUCUUCCUUUUAACAAAAGACCGUUUUGUUCGAAUCAUUUUGAACUAUGUAAUAUUAUGCAUGUUGGACGUAAACAACAUAUCUUGUCAACAACUUUGAGAAGGUACAGUUAACGCUUUCUAGAAUCCUCAGUUCUGGCUCUAUCUCUAUUAAAUUACAAGGAUGUUAAGGUUAAAUCUUUGGGCUAUGUCUCUGGACUGAGAAAUAAUUCCUUACAGGCGAUAAAAAUGUUUUAUACAACGAUGUAAUAACGGCAAUGCCAUGUAUUGGGUCAGCAUUUAAAUUUUCAACACAGUUUCUGAGACGUACGUACGUACGUAAUUCAAGAGGAAACUUAUUAUUGCAUUUGAACUAUUAUAUCAGUUGAUAUUAAUUAUUCUGUUCGAUUAGCGAACAUUAUUGGAAAGAGGGCUUCCAUAUACGUUGAAAUCUGAAAAUAAACAGCUUAUGCGCACAUUUCUCCACUGCGUCGUAAGUUUAUAGAGCAGAUUUUAUACUUUGGCACAGAUCUUUGUCUUUGAUGUGAACAUUUAUUCUUCUAGUUUAAGGUUAUUUAAGAGUGAUCGUGUUGUAAGUCUUCUACAGUACAAGCAACCCAACGACAAUAUUUCAUUUUAGCGUUGUCUUUGCCGUUCUGUUGGCUUUGCGUUAGUUUUGUUUUAAAUACCUUUAUCGCGUUAAAAGAGUUAUUUUUCAAGCCAGGGACAUAGCCAAAAGACUUAAGCCUUGGGCAAACUAGGAAACAUUUUUGCGGAAGCAUUUGUGAUCCUCGAUGUUUCCUGAAAUGUUUGCAUUGUUGCCCACCCGUGGGAAACGUUGUUGCAUGCGGAAACAAAAUUUGCUUCCUGGAAAGCAAAAAUGUUUCCUACAAAUUUCAGAAACAUUUGAUGUUUCCCUAUGUUUUUCAAUGAUGUUUCCUAGUGUUUACCCACUCUGGGAAACACGGCGAAACAUUGGCAGAAAACAAUGUUGCCGCAACAAUGUUUCCUAGUUUGCCCAGGGCUUUAGCAUUAACGUCUUGCGAUUUUAGAGAAAUAUCUCUUGAACUGAGGAUUUUAGAAAACGUUAUCUGUAUCUUCUCAAAGUUGUGGACAAAAUAUGUUGUUUACGCCCAACAUGCAUAAUAUUACAUAACUCAAAAUGAUUCGAGCAAGGCGGUCUUUCGUUAAAAGGAAGACUGGUUUAAUAAAAAUUAGUCCUUUUGAGUGACAUAAUCGUGUGUCGUCAUCGAUCUGUGUCGUUGAACAAUGAAAAAAUUUGUUGUGAAAUUAGUGAAGAUAAAAUUGCAGUUUGUGAGAAAACUGCAGGAUUAAGAAGGGAACUUUUCAGAUUUGAACUCAACGUGUUCGAAAGUGUUAGUUCCUGUAAAAAAUUUUCAGUUCCAAGACAUGGGAAAUAAAAGUGAACGAUAUCGGGACACAGCAAACGGCCUGAUAAUAAAAGUUUAAUGUUGCUACUUAUGCAGUGAAUCGUACGGAAAAGCCAGCCUAGUCCCAGGCUCUCUCUCUCUAUUCGCUGCAUGGAUAUAUUUAAAUAAGUCUGAAAAGUUUUAUGCCUGUGUAUAGGUCCCAGUCUCGUACUACAUCCACUUUUUUCUCGCGCUUGCUUCAGAACGACUGGGAUAGGCUGUAGCAGUUGUGUGGUGCAAAAAUAUCUAUUUUUAACUGUGGCAAUACCGCGUACAACCUUCCCUGUUAAAAGACUUGAACUAGUACAAUAACUGUAUAUAACAUGAAGUUCCUGAAUAAAAUGGCGGAAAUUUUAAUAAAAAAUGUUGAUGUUUGAUCGUAAAAUCAAAAAAACUGCAGGUUUGUAUGCGUGACAACAAGUGAAUUCUUACUCAGCGUGUAAAAAUCUAUAAAUUUUUGCAAAUUAAAAUUAGUGCCCGAUCGCGACCGACGGCAGCGAUCACAGAAUACGGCCUUUAUAUACUUUUUGCAAAACCCCGGAGAAAACGUUUUUUAAAAAUAUCUACAGCUGGUGAGCUUUGAAAAUAUUUAAAACAGGCUGUAUUACAUGCAGUCAUAACAUGAAAGAAAAGUACAAACGAAGUUUUAUAAUUAUAAGAGGACGAGAGCAGACUUAAAAGUCCAGAAUUUAACUUGUAACUAAAUGGGAUAGACUUAAUAAAUAGAAGAAACAAACGAAUCAAUGAUUGGUUGCAAGAUCAUUACUUUGAACGGUCGAAAGGAUUUCAUAUACUUCAUGUAUUACAACAAUAUACUGUAUAGCAGCUUGAUUUUAUAAAAGGUUAACUGCUCAAUCCCUCGGUAAUUCUCUAAGAAAAAAUAAGCGAGAUAUUCUGCUUUUCCUAGCUACUUGUCGCUCGAUUUCAACUCUCCGACUUCCCAGUGGGAACAUAAAAGGUCCGGGAUAUCCUGGCAGAUACCCAAAUAACACCGCGUACUGUUGGCGUAUUUAUGUUCCACGGUAUUAUGUGGUUAAACUGAACAUCAAUUAUCUCAACAUGGAGGCCUGUUCCGGGUGCACGUGUGAUUCCGUGGAAGUAUUUGAUGGUCCCUCCGAACGUUCAAAGAGUCUUGGAAAAUAUUGCGCUAGAAGUUGGCGGGUAACGUCUUCUGGACAGUAUCUUUUUGUGAAGUUUACGUCUGAUUCCGAAGUAACAGGAGAUGCCUUCUCAGCGUCCUAUUACAAAGCCGUUAGAGGUAAGGGCAAAGUUACUGAGUUUCAGGCUUCCAAAACUGGCAGUAUAGAAACAAAAUGCCUUUCCCUUGGUGGGCGAUGAUAAGUGAUGAUGGCUGAAUAUAAACUUCCUACAAAAAUAUGCAGGCACCAACCGCUUGGUAAAUGGCCAACACUGGACGCAGGCUAGGGUUGCGUGUCAACUCAAAUAUUUCCACAACACGAAUAUUUUUAAUUUUUAAAUGGCAAAAUCGCAAAAAUUGGUGAAAGUUCAGUACUUUUAACUAUAUAACAACGAAUUCCCGAAAUUUAUACUUUAGGUAUGUCAUUUUGCAUUUUUGGAAUUUUGAUUUUAUCGGCAAAAUUUAAGCUGUAACCUCAGAUAAUUGAGUAAUUUCUUUUUGGUGUUGAAAUUUAUUUUCUUCCCGUCACAUUUUAAGCUUUUUAAAUUAAAGUAAACAGGGCAAUUUUGGAAACUUACAGCUACAUAGUUGAAAAGGAAGCGGUGCGUUGUUUUAUGGGGAAAUGAAUUUAUAAACAACAAAAUUAAAAAACAUUUAAAGAAAACUUGCCCUAUAUAUUUCAAGAUUUCUCGUGGUUGGCCACUGAUAAAACGUGAAACAAAGCUACGCGCCCGCAAUUAUUGAUGAGCUUUAAGGUCCAGACACACCGGGCGCGAUUCGGUAACGCGGCGCGAUUUUUUUGUUUUUGAAAGUUAAUAAAACAGUCAAUGAGAGCAAAUUUUGAAAGAUAUGUAGACCAAAUAACUCAAAAUAUUAUAGCGCUUCUAAAUAUUUGAAAAAUUUAACCUAGGAUCAAACUUAUCGGUCAGUGAAAAUCGCGGAAAAAUCGAGUCGCGUUGUCGAAUCGCGUCCGGUGUGUCUGGACCUUUAGACUUCGCUAAUGCUUUCGUUUCCUUUCCCCGGGCGUAAUUGUUCCUUUCCCUGGGCGAGUCGAAUUAGUAUACGGGGAUUAUUUAUCAAUCGUUCAACGGUAUGCUACAGAGCACCAGAUAGUUUAGAGAACAGCGAGGGUCGAGAACUGUUACUUGAUAAGUGAUUCUCUGUUUGGAAAUACAGUAUGUAAUUGCUAGCGCAUGCAGCGAGUAAGCAAUCCAACUGCAGUUCCAAUCAAUGAACAAAAUUUAGAUAAUACUUCGGUUUUCAACCAUUUCUCCUGAUUAUAAUACCUCGCGGGCCCGUUUGACAGAUGAAAAGCAACAUGAUUGGCUAAUUGCUUAUGAAUUCCUGAUGAAUUCAGAACGGUUCAUUCCAAAAUUUUAAAAUAAAAAAAAAAUUAUAAUAGAAUGUAAAACUUCAAAAGGAGAUACAGGACAUUAAUUACCAAAGUUCAAAGGUCCCAGUGCGUCAUGCAUGAACAAGCGAACCUUAUUAACGCACGCGGGCUUUGAAAUCUAUAUUGUAAAUCCGAAGUUGGAUAUCUGAACUUACUUCUCAAACGUUGUAUAAUUAUAUAUAAAUUCAAAGUACCAUUAAUUUGAAUGUCAAAAUGUAUUAAUUGGUGUACGUUGUUCUCUGGUUUUAAUUGAAAAAACUAGUAUUUCACUACUUUUUUAAAGGAUUUCUUUUUUUUUUCAUGUUGAUAGGUAGUGAUUCAGGCAGCGGCAACAACAACAACAACAACUACAACAACGUCAAUAGCAACAACAACAGCGGUGCAGGCCUUUGUAAGUUUCAAGUGUCAUCCUAUAUACAGCCAAUCUCGUACCCAGAGCAAUGCCUGUGGGCGGGCUAGGAAGGCAUUGGCUCUGGGGAAAUUGACAACCGAAACCCCUAAAUUUAUGGGUUCCGGUUCUUUGUCGGCAUGCACGAUUGAUAAACGUUAAAC